GCCUGUAUUUUGGCCCCGGCGACUCGCCGUCGCCGUGCGGAGACGUUCGCUAGUUGCAGUGAUGGCUACUGGAACGCCAGAUUCUCAAGCGCGAUUCGGUCAGUCCGUGAAGGGGCUUCUCACAGAGAAGGUGACCACCUGUGGUACUGACGUAAUCGCGCUCACCAAGCAGGUGCUGAAGGGCUCCCGGAGCUCUGAGCUGCUAGGUCAGGCAGCUCGAAACAUGGUACUACAGGAAGAUGCCAUCUUGCACUCAGAAGAUAGUUUAAGGAAGAUGGCAAUCAUAACAACACAUCUUCAAUACCAGCAAGAAGCUAUUCAGAAGAAUGUUGAACAGUCAUCAGAUCUACAGGACCAGCUGAAUCAUCUAUUGAAAUAAAAUGACAUGUAAGAGUGCUGUAGCACUCCUUUGCCUAAUGCUGAGGAGUAAAUACCUUCACAACCGUU